AUAUUUUCUAUUGUAAAAAUGUCAUUUUACGAUAUACACUGUUCUCAAUAUGCUUUUUCAUUUAAUACGGUAGGUGUUCAAUAAAUAUUUGUUGUAUGGAUGAGCCAUAAUUUAUGUACUGAAUCCCCAAGUUGUGUCCAAAGGCCCUGCCAAUAAACAUAAUUAUAUACAUAUGUAAGACAUCAUUGAAAUACGGGCUUACAACACAUACAGAAACAUAAAGCAUACCUGCAUAUAAUAAAUAUAUACUGAACUAUAUUAACCAUCCAUGCAGGUUGUGAAGAAGUGUUUCAGGUGCCCUCUGGUGUAUUUCAUGGAUAUUCCUAGUAUAAAUGUUGAUAAAUUAGCCUCAAAAAGAAAACUUUCAGCCAAAUGUUUUGGGAUCUUUGGGAAUAAAGAGCAGCUAUCGUGCACUUGUUCUUAAUGUUUCUAUACUGGCUUUAAGUCCUUGGCAGGCAGGGCAGCUUGGCAAAGAUAAGAACCAGAAUCCAAUAGUAGUAACAAAAGGCAACAAUCAGUUUUAGAUAGAACAGAAAAAAAAAGUCUGCUGCAAAUUCUUGUUAGAAUAAGAAGGAAAGAAUGAUUGGGAGAAGGAGGAAAGAAGGAAGAAAGGAAAGAGAAAAGAGAAGAAUAAAAAUGUUUUCUCCUGGGCUUCCCUGGUGGCGCAGUGGUUGAGAGUCCGCCUGCUGAUGCAGGGGACACGGGUUCAUGCCCGGGUCCGGGAAGAUCCCAGAUGCCGCGGAGCAGCUGGGCCCAUGAGCCAUGGCCGCUGAGCCUGCGCGUCCAGAGCCUGUGCUCCACAGCGGGAGAGGCCACAACAGUGAGAGGCCCGCAUGCCACAAAAAAAAAAAAAAAAGUUUUCUCCUGAUGGUUAUUUGGACUAUUCUUGCCUGGUUCUACAGUGUAAUAAUUGUAGGUCUUAUAAAGGACAUAAUAUUAUGACAGAUUUCCCUUCCUUACUUGUUCCUGAGGCUGAACCUGCAACGGUUUACUGCCUGCUCACAAGGCUGAGGCUGGCCCUUCCUGGAUUAGUCCAAUGAAGCCUAAAAUACCCCACGCCCACGAGAAUGAGACUGUCCACAGCCCCAGACAUCGUUGUGUGUGCUCAGGUCCCCCAAGCAGUGCCCAUGCGUGUCAGGGAUGGCGGUGGCGUGGGUGCUGCUACAGACUGAAGACAGUGGCCUGGACAGCCAAGGGCAGCAGCCCAGCCCCACUAGGGCCUGAGGACGGUUACACGCGUCCCCAGAUGAGACAGUGACUGUCAUGGUGGCUACACCAGCGACAGGAAACCCAGGUCUGUGGUUCCCGCAGUGCUAGGGGAGAAGGCCAGGAGCUUUUGUGACUUUCACUUCUUUACCAAAAAAAUGCUUACAUGUGAUCUUCGGCUCUGUGACUGCAAACUGGAGCCUGGGGGACUGGGAAGAACAAUUAGGCCGGACAUGAGUGCAGAAAGCCAAAGGGGGUAGAAACCCAGACAAUGGUACCGAAGGCUGGGGUGAGGUGGAGGGGGGAGCGGAUAUGAUAGCAAGGAAGGAGUUUCAAUGUGAAUGAAUACUAAUUAGUGACAUGGAUAUUAAUGAUGACAGUAAUUAACAGGGGAAAGGAAGGGCUGUCAUUGUCCCAGGGUGACUAAUCAAUCUUGGCAGGUGAUAAAUAAUGGUGCAGCAAGCUCAGCAGAAAGAUAAUCCUCUUGCCCGGGGGAGAGCUGUUGCUGAUGCUGGAAACCUCUCCGUUUCUAGGCAACCCACAAAAAAAAGGACUGUUUUUCUUUUGAGGGAAAAACAGGUUAGAGUCUCUCCCCCCAACCCCCAACUUGGGAUUACAGUUUGUAUUUGAUUUCUGCUUUGUUCUUCAUGUCCUAGGACAAAUGUUGAACUUGUAUAAUUUGGAGGAAGUGGACACACACACACACACACACACACACACACACACGGAAACAUACUCUCCUUUUCUCUCUAAGAAUGUGAAUGAAAAGGAGUGUUUUUGAUCCAAAGUUUAGUUCAUAGAUGCCAUCUGGGAGAAGGAGUGGGGAAAUGCUCAGAAGUCUUGCUUUUGAGGUUGAAAUGCAGGGAACUUGCAGGGCCAUGUCAGUGGAGGCUAGUCCUGGGAUUGGGGGACAGCACAGAAAGGGCAGGACAGUCUACUGUGCAGGGUUCAUUCACCUUCCAGAGAGCCAGAGAGAAACAAAAUGUCUAGGUACUCAGGCCUGUACUGGUCUCACUUCUGAACCCCAGUCAAAUUUCUGAGCAAUUUUAAUCCUGGAAAAAGGGCGAUACUCGUUCAACCCCUCUGCUGGGGUUUCCAGUGUUUUUGCUGGGAGUCCAUCCCAGGAGAGCUUCUGGCAUUCCCUCUCCCUCACGCCAUGCCUCAGACCCAUGAGAAGACUCGGAUAUCUAGAAAUGCUGCCCUUUUCAGGCUGUUUUCCAUCAAACGUUUCAUCCUGAGGUGACAAAGCCACCUUCGAAGAUCUGAACUGGUUUAAAGUGAGAUUUUGGGGUGACAAAGGUAGAUUGCACAGAAGUUCAGAACCUCCCAGAAAAUUGGACUCCUCUACCCACACAUGAACUGCACUUGCCUAAGAACACUGGUUCUAGGUGCCACAUUUAAAGGGAGGCAAACAAAAGCAAAUAUAUUAUGAGAAUUGUGAACAAAAUGAGGAGGGACCCCAGAUCAUGUCAUCAGAAGAAACAGCUGAGGAAUCCAGGCAUGUUUCACCUGAAGGGGAGGAAACUCAAGGAGAACAUUGAUAAUACGUUGGACUGACUGUCCAAAUAGUUGAAGGAUUGUCUCACAGAGUGAGAGGUCUGAGUUCAUUUUUCUGUCAUCAGAGGGCGAAACUAAGACCAAAGAGAGGAAUUCAGAGAAGGGCAAAUUUCUGUUGAGAGAAAUCGAAGAUGAUUUAACUGGGACAGGUUGGCCAACAGGAAAUUUGUGAGUUUCCAGGCACUAGGGUUUUUCCAAAUGGAAAUUACAGCACCUCUUGUCCAGGGUGUUGUGGGUGGGACUUGUGUAUUGGCUAGGGUUGGAGUAGAUAAGCUUUAAAAGUCCCUUCUGAUUCUUAAGAUUUUAUGUUAGUUAAGGCAUUACUAGAUGCCAAAACAGGUAACCCUCAAAUAUCCGGGGCUCAACAUGACCAAGUUUAUUUUUCAAUCAGGUCACCCAAAUGGGCCUCAAUCUUCAUGUCUGUUCAGGAUCCCAGGCUCCUUCCACACAUGGCUCUGCCCUCCCCAUGGCCCCUGGAGUUCUCUCCAUUCAGCCAGCAGAUGGAGAUGAAUGGUGUGGAGUGUGGAGGGUCACACAGGAGUUUUAUGGUCUGAGUCUGGAAAUUGCUUAUGGCAUUUCCACCCACAUUCCAUUGUCAGAACUCAGUGCAUACCCAGCUGCAGGAGAGUCUAGAAAUGUAAUCUAGCUGUGGCCCAGGGGAUAGAGGAGAGAGGUUUUGGCGAACACAUAGAAGUUUCUCCCACAGACACAGGGGCUUAUUCAUUCCGGAUGAGCCCAGGCCAGAGGAAAUUAGAGAUUUUUUUCAGGAACCUGUGAGGUCAUCUGUGUUGGGCAGGCCUCGUCAGUUGAGGAUAGUGAGAUAAAAGGAGUCUCCUCCCUCAGGAAAUGGUCUGGGGCCAGGCGUGAUAAGACUUCCUCUAGCCUGUCAUCAAAAUAUGUAUUCUCAGGAAGGCCCCUCCAGAAGCGCCCUAGGGAAAUGUGGAUACAAGACCAUCCUGAGUCAUCAGAAGUGGACUUUGGGGGGGAAAUAAUGGGACUGUGACUACAGAAGCAUACUAAUGGAUGGAAUGGGUUGGUUAGGAUGGAAAAGUGUCAAUAUUACCUAGCUCUCCAGGUGUGUGCUAAUUGGAAUUAGGAGUCUCUUGGGUAACCAUGUUUCUUCUGGCACAGAGUUAAACAUCCAUGAGGUCUUCAGUUGACAUUGCUUUAUCCUUGCAGGUACUGACAUUGUGCAGUGGCUUAUGAAGAACCUCUCCAUUGAGGACCCAGUUGAAGCAAUACACUUGGGAAGCCUCGUGGCUGCCCAGGGCUACGUCUUCCCAAUCUCGGACCACGUUCUCACCAUGAAGGACGAUGGCACCUUUUAUCGUUUCCAGGCCCCAUACUUCUGGCCUUCAAACUGCUGGGAGCCUGAAAACACUGACUACGCCAUCUACCUCUGUAAGAGGACAAUGCAGAAUAAAGCAAGGCUGGAACUGGCGGAUUAUGAAGCAGAUUGAUCGGAAAAAGGACAAGACAGAGAGGAAAAUUUUGGAUAGUCAAGAACGAGCCUUUUGGGACGUCCACAGGCCAGUGCCAGGCUGUGUGAACACAACAGAAAUGGAUAUCAGAAAAUGUCGACGUUUGAAGAACCCGCAAAAGGUUAAAAAGUCAGUGUACGGCGUGACUGAAGAAUCCCAGUCGCAAAGCCCAGUGCACGUCCCCAGUCAGCCAAUCAGGAAAACUACAAAAGAGGACAUCCGGAAACAGAUAACAUUUUUGAAUGCACAGAUUGACAGGCAUCGUUUAAAAAUGUCCAAAGUGGCUGAAAGCUUAAUUGCUUACACAGAACAGUAUGUGGAAUAUGACCCUUUGGUCACGCCAGCUGAGCCGUCCAAUCCCUGGAUCAGUGACGAUAUUGCUUUAUGGGACAUAGAGAUGAGCAAAGAGCCCAGCCAGCACCGAGUAAAGAGAUGGGGCUUCUCUUUCGACGAGAUAUUGAAGGACCAGGUGGGGCGGGACCAGUUUCUACGAUUUCUGGAGUCGGAAUUCAGUUCCGAAAACCUCAGGUUCUGGUUGGCUGUCCAAGAUCUCAAGAAACAACCCCUACAAGAUGUGGCCAAGAGGGUGGAAGAAAUCUGGCAAGAGUUUCUGGCCCCCGGAGCCCCAAGUGCAAUCAAUCUGGAUUCUCACAGCUACGAGAUAACCAGUCAAAACGUCAAAGAUGGAGGGAGAUACACAUUCGAAGAUGCCCAGGAGCACAUCUACAAGCUGAUGAAGAGCGACAGCUACGCCCGCUUCCUCCGGUCAAAUGCUUACCAGGACUUGCUGCUUGCCAGGAAGAAGCCAGAAAGUGAGCAAGGUCGUAGAACUUCCUUAGAAAAGUUCACUCGCAGUGUGGGUCGAGGGUCGGCGGCUUCUCUCCUAGGGAUGGAUCUGCAAAAGACAAAAGGCCCGGCGGCUCCCUCUGCAGACGGUGCACGGGGCAACCGCCCAGCCUCCGGCCUGGCAUUUGAUCUUCUGUCUGUGGCCUUGAGGAGGAAGGAGCUCCCCCCUGCCCUCGGGGCUGCGCGGUUGGUGCACCCUCUGCAGCAGCCCAGGGAGAAGGCCGUCCAACCGGACCAUAAAAUAAAUUGGCUCAGAACCAUAGCUCAUCUAAAACAACAUCCAAAUUUCCCUCUGUGGACUCUGACAACCGUGCUGGUGCCCGAGGCCAGCUGCCGCUGCUGCUGUGUCGGCGGCUUUUGCGUGUGCCUAAGGCGGCCGUGCUGCAUGGGUUGUGGCGAUGCGGUCUACAGCUGGCGCGUGUGUGUGUGUUAGUGGCCUCUGCAUGAGUUCCCACAUCCCUGACAGCCCCUUGUCAGCCUUCUUUGCACAGCGUGACAGGGAGAGGAGGGCAGUAGCCAUGGAGUGGAGCGGCCGUGGGAGGGUCUUCCCCAUGGUGCCUGGUGGAGAUUCUGGGCUAUGAUCUGUAGAACAGCACAGACCCAUCUCCCCUUUCCAUGAUGUUCUCUGUAAGGCAGGGGCAUAGGGCUUGAUGCACAGGAAGCACUCAGUCCCGCUCAUUCACUCACUCGUCAAAAACAAGCUGCUGAGUUCAUGGGGCCCAGCCUGCACUCUUCACGUCAAACCAAAGAGAACCAACAUGGCAGCCAGGGAGCAGGGAUCCCACAUGUGGAACUGGCCAAAUUUCCCUUCCCCAAGGGUGGAAACCCACUGAUGCUAACUUGCCUUUUUCCUCCCUCUAUUGAAGAGGAGAGUCCUUGUAAACCUGACUACUGUGUGAUUAGUAUCGUUAUUUUAUCCCUUUAAUGAAAAGUCUAAGAAUUCUGGGUUGAAAACAACCUGGUCAUUUACCUGUCAUAGCUAGGUGCAUCUUAACUGAAUUUAAACAUCAUUUUGAAUUUGCUAGAUGUAAACAUCACAGGAACUCUAGGAGGUGGCAAUUAAAAUAGGCGUGCUCAUCCCAUCUCUUCUUUGGUCUUUUCUCCCCAUGGCCUUUCCUCAUGAGAAAUCAGAACUUGCACAGUGUAAGACCUGUGGUUCCCCUGUCUGUCUUCAUGGCUGGUUUGCCACGGACACGUAACAUCAUACACCAAGAAGCUGCCACGGGCUGUUAGAGGCAAGGCCAACAGGAAUUCCUUCACCCCCGAUGGCUGAUAGAGAGUGGUGGGAACCCACCCCUCCCUCUCUUUUGAGGCCUGGAGGCUGUAGGUGGAAGAUGUUUAGGGGUUUU